AGGAAACUUGUAAAAAGCGAUUCGUUUAAUUUUUCGAUAACAAAAGACACGCCAACUUGAACGUGUAUGAUGACAAACGUAUCUUCAAAUUUUUUUAUUAAAUCAUUAGAUUUGUUUUCCACGUUUCUGUGCUGAAAGUAUUAUUCUAUCUUCUUUCGGUAUGUGAUGAGCAAUAAAAAUGGAAAGGUUGCUUUUAGCAUGAAAGCGUGCAAGAGGAAUUUACCUUUGUGUUUAUGCUUAGAUGUUUUCCACUUGACAUAAAGGUGCUUCAUAUAAUCGCCAGUCAGUUGUUAUUACCGAUUAUUGUUUAAGAAAAUUUCAUUAGAAGAUUCGAAGUAAGAAAUCUCACACUUUUUCAUCUCAAUAAAGGUAAUAUUGUAAACAUAAACAUUAAAGAUAUACGUUAUGAAAGAUUUGAUAACUUGCUACUACACGUGAGGUAUCUUCAAUAAUUUUGCUUUUCGAUCAGAAGCUUCGCUCAGUAUUUUCCAACAAUGCGUGAACUUGAUCAAUGCAAAAUGCAGUCAGAAGUAAACGAUAUAUCAGAGAGAUCAUUACAAAAGGCCAAGGAACACGAUAGAAAUGGAAAUUUUGGAAAGGCUUAUGCAUAUUAUACUAUUGUUGCGGAACUAUGUCCUGCAAAAAGAUCAGAAAUUGAAGAAACUUUUACAGAUAUACUAUGCACAUGGGGGAUAGAGUUAGCAGAGAAUAAUAGAUUAUCUGAUGCUGUACGUUGUUAUAAGUAUUCCUUAGAUAUUUAUCCAAAUAAUCCACGUAUGCUAAACAAUUUUGCAGCACACUUGCUGAGGAAUAACGAUCCCAUAAGGGCGAUAGAAUAUUUAAGAAGAGCUUUGAAAGUUGAUCCUAACUUUCUACCAGCAGAACGAAACUUGCAAAAUGCAUUCAGUAUGGCAGUAGAUAGGUGGCACUUCACAAUGCUCAAUGAUAAGUCCAGAAAUAAUGCCUUUGAGCAGGCCAUACGCAAAAGAAUUCAUCAAGGAUACAAUACAGUUUUGGAUGUAGGGACUGGUACAGGCCUCUUGAGUCUGUAUGCCAAAUAUGCAGGAGCUACAAAGAUCUAUGCGUGCGAAUGCUCCGAAAUAAUGACGCGAAUCGCAAAAGAAGUAUUUGAAUCUAAUAAUGCAUCGGAUAUAAAAUUAAUACCAAAACUAUCGUUCGACCUUAAAGUACCUACAGACAUUCCAGAAAGAGUACAAUUAAUAGUGACUGAAACGUUUGAUGCCGGCUUAUUCGGGGAGCUUGUAGUACCGUCUUUGAUUAACGUACACAUGAAUAUUUUAGAUUUAUAUGGUAUGAUAAUACCUAUGGGCGCGACGGUUUACACAGCAGCCAUCGAAUGCGAAUAUAUUAGAUUCAGAUCGUCAGUGAUCUUUGAAAAAGUAAAAGAGAUUUGUCUUUUGAAUUUCAACAAUGUGUCCGUAUUGCCGGACGACGAAUAUUACGAGGCGGAGAAUCUGGAAAAAAUUCAAAUGAAAUAUAUCACAGAGCCGCAGAAGCUCUUCUAUGUGAAUUUCAACGAGUUACAAGAACUGCGAAAAUUCCACAAGGACGGAAUAAAGCAGUUGCUGCGAGCGAAAUGUAAAUACAAUGGCAUCAUAGAUGGUCUUGUCACUUGGUUUAAGUUACAUCUCGACGAGGAAAUCACGUUGGAUUCCUCUGACGGCAAAUCUUGUUGGGACCUCGCGGUUUUUCCGACGUUACACACCGCGUGUCACGAAGGUGAUGUCGUAACAAUAAAAGCGGAGAUUCUGAAGAGUAAAUUGAAAUGUUCUUGUAGCAUUGGCAACGCGGAACUUAACGCGGCAGGUUGUAAAUCCUUGUACCAUCUACCAAAAGAGGUCAUUGUCUUUUUAAAUGAUUUUAAUUAUGUGAAACUGCUCACCGAGAUCGGUAGAUCUCAUAAGAAUAGAAAUAUAAAAUAUAUUUUAGAUAUUUCGCCUUUUCCGAUUUAUGGUUUAACGAUCUUGAAAGAAUGUAAAGACAGUGAGCUUUUAUAUUACAAAACUGACAAUCCAACGCUUCGUUCUUUGGUUGAGCGAGUAGCCCGAGAUAACAAACUACAGGAAAAAGUACGUACGAUAUCCAACUACGAUGAGAUUCCAUGCCAUCUAGAUUCUAUAUUCGUUCAUAACUUUGAUAUUAAAGGUGAAUUACGAGAUAGUCGUCAUGAGAUAUUAAGAGUUCAAAUAAUGAGGACUGUCCACAUACACAGAAUAAUAGAGAAAAUAAAAGUACAAACUACUCAAUCGCAGAACACAUUAACAAAUACAAGAUCAAUCAAAUAUUCGAUUUACAUCCGAGCUUAUACUCGUGUGAGAUCUUGUCUGAGCCACAAAUACUGGCAGAAAUCAAUGAAACGGAAACUACCGAAGCAAUUGUAAAUUUCGGAAAAAUAAGUAAUGCAAUGGAAACUUUACCAAAUGCCUUAAUAUGUUGGUAUAAAAUUCAGCUUAGUCCGGAUCAUAUAUAUGACACAAAAAACAAUGACUCCUUUAUGAAUCAUACUGCAGUUGUUUUUGAGGACGAUUUGCAAGAU